CUCGGGGCCAAAAUAAAACUAUAUUCAGUUUUAAUAAUGACUGCUAAGACAUGUUCAUCUGUUUUUUUUUUCUAAAGUAGGCCAAGUCCUUAUUGUGAAAAAGAUUGAAGGCUAUAGGCUGAUCAUUAUUUAAAUGGAACACGGAGAAUCAUUUCAGUCCACGUUCAGGUCAGUGAGCAGUUCCCAUGAUGAGGGAUGUUAAUCAGUCCUUAUUGGAACAGUCAUUGUGCUCCACUUUGACAUUGCAUAAAUUGAUUUGGCUCACUGCAUCCACUCAAACAAUCCAUAAACCCUUAUUUUGGGUCAAAAAGUGCUUUUUUCCAUCAACAUCUGCCCUAAUUUACUUCUCUAAACAACAAACAGUGGAAGCAUUUUUAUAGUUAAUGACUUCUAAAAAUCGAUUUAAUUCAUGGUCUGCAUUUCCUCCUGGUAACCUCUUUACCUCUCACCGGGUUAUCCAACUCACUGCCAACAUUUCAAAUGAAACAUUCAAACUUGAAAUAAUGUUAUGUCUUUCUCUAUGUCAGUCCCAUUUAUUAUCAAUAUUAUACAUAAUUUUAGCUCGUAGUCACAGGGUAAAGUUUGCCAACACUCAUACAAAUUGUUCUUUUUAUUUCUUAUGAAAAAAGACUAAAGCAAAAUCGUCCCGAUGAUUUUAACAAGUUGAAAAUAUUUCGAGUGCUUUUUUAAUGUAACCAUAGGCCAAGUGACCAUUUUUGUCCAUUACAGGAGGCCAAGCCACAAACUACUUACUGAUCAAUAAUAACUUGGUGGUGCAUUGAUUAGUAUAUAAAAAGCUAAUGUAGGGUGCCACCAUUCACAGACUGACACAGAGAGGAGAACAGCACUGUUUAUUAUUUAACAGGAGAAUUUUACCGCUUUUUUCACUUCUCUUAAUAAAAUUACCAUCGGUUUUGUAUACAAGAAAUUUACAACUCUGAGACAUCAAACUGCACAACAUGAGCCAUCACUCCUCAUGGAGAGGGCAUCAUUGUGCCCCUGGAGACAUCAACUGCACUGCAGGCUUUAAGGAGUCACUGGGCAGCAGGAGCUACAAGUUGCUCCAUGUGCCUUUCCAUGGGCCGACCCAUAGCCACCACCAUGAGCCUCCACACCCGUUCCCCACCGUGGAUGUUCCUGAUCAUGCCCACUACAUCAUCGGCUCUGUCAUCUUAAUAGUCGGCAUCACCGGAGUGAUUGGAAACGCACUGGUGGUCUACGUGUUCUGCCGGAGCCGUACUCUUCGCACCGCGGGGAACAUGUUUGUGGUGAACCUGGCUGCUGCUGAUUUCUUCAUGUCCCUCACCCAGUCGCCUGUGUUCUUCACAGCCAGCCUGCACAGGCGCUGGGUGUUCGGGGAGCGCUCUUGUGAGCUCUACGCCUUUUGCGGCGCCCUCUUUGGGAUCUGUUCCAUGAUGACUUUGACUGCCAUAGCAGCUGAUCGCUGCCUCGCCAUAACUCAGCCUCUUGCCCUCGUAGGCAGAGUUAGCCGACGCAAAGCGGGUGCGGUAUUGGCGGUCGUGUGGCUCUACUCCCUGGGCUGGAGCCUUCCACCAUUCUUUGGCUGGAGUGCUUAUGUUCCAGAGGGUCUUCAGACUUCCUGUUCUUGGGACUAUAUGACCUUCACUCCAUCAGUGCGUGCAUACACCAUCCUCCUCUUCAUUUUUGUGUUCUUCAUCCCACUAGGCAUUAUUGCCAGCUGCUACUUUGGAAUUUUCAAGGCUAUCCGAGCUGCGGGGAAGGAAAUACGAGAGUUGGAUUGUGGGGAAACGCACAAGGUGUAUGAACGCAUGCAGAACGAAUGGAAGAUGGCGAAAGUCGCCCUCCUGGUCAUUUUGCUUUUUGUAAUAUCGUGGUCGCCCUACUCUGUGGUGGCCCUCACAGCCACGGCUGGCUAUUCCCACCUCCUGACUCCCUACAUGAAUUCAGUACCUGCUGUGAUCGCCAAGGCCUCAGCCAUCCAUAAUCCCAUCAUCUACGCAAUUACACAUCCGAAGUAUCGGGCAGCUAUUGCCCGUUACAUUCCGGUACUCCGCCCCAUCUUGCGUGUCAAAGAGAAGGAUCUCCGUUCCUCUUUUAGUUCCAGCAGUGUCAGUUCCCGUCGUCCGACCCUCACCAGCCAGUGCUCUCUGGGGGUUAGCAUUGGCAAUGCUGCGCGAGCUAAUGGCCGCUGGGGGAAGACGCGCUUGUCUUCUGCUUCAGAUAGUGAUUCUUGUUGGACUGAGAGUGAGGCUGAUGGUUCCAGCGUCAAUUCCCUGACCUUUGGUCGUCGUGUGUCCACGGAGAUCUCUACAGAUACUGCCAUUCUCUCACCAGGGUCAAGUACUAACAGCUCCAGUGGGCAGAAGCCGGAAAAGACGCACAAAGUUGUAAGCGUACCAGUGCCGUCUAUUACUUUUGAAACAGAUGCAGCCGAUGGCGAGUCUCUGUCUGAUGGGAAAGCUUUGCUCCUUGGGGGGAAAGAAAGGGAAUGACGCAGUGCUUCAGAGUAACUUUGGUACUAGUAACUUGAGUAGUAGUUGCUUUGACCUGUUCUUUUUUAUUAUACAUAUAUAUUCACAUGCCCUUCUUUACUUUACAAGCCUCUGUCUUGAUAGUUUUGUGAACUUUGUUUUUGAAAUUAAAGAUUUUCAGGUUUGUGUGAAUUUAGCAAAUGCAUUUAUUAACUUCAAUGAUUUCCUUCAUAAAAUGUAAGCGUUUGUUAAUGUCUUUCUUUUUAUUAAAACCUUCAUAAUAGUCAUCUAUUUUUUUCUUAAUUUUCUUGUUUUACUUGCUUUUCUUGGAUAAGCUGCUUUUCUGCUUUUCUUAGUCUGGUGUAGAUUUUAAUAGUUGAGUGAAUGUAUCUAAAUGAUGUUUGGCAUACUUUUUAUUUAAAUAGAAUAGCAUAUACAAAUAUCUUAAGUAGUCUUGUUUAUUUCUAACAUUCAUUGUAUUUCUAAUUGUUGUGUCGCAAUAAAACAAAUCCAGAGAAAUAUAGUGCUUUUUCAUGUUUUAUACCUGGGGCCCAAAAUGUUAACAGUUCUCACACAGGUAUUAAAGGUUAUUAAAGUUUUAAUCUCACAUUUAAAGUGAAUAUGUGACCCUGAACCACAAAACCAGUCUUAAGUCGCUUGGGCAUAUUUGUAGCAAUAGCCAAAAAUACAUUGCACGGGUCAAAAUUAUCCAUUUUUAUUUUAUGCAAAAAAUCAUUAGGGCAUUAAGUAAAGAUCAUGUUCCAUGAAGAUAUUUUGUACAUUUCUUACCGUAAAUAUAUAAAAACUUAAUUUUUGAUUAGUAAUAUGCUAUUAUAUGUAACUUCAUUUGGACAACUUUAAAGGCGAUUUUCUCAAUAUUUAGAUUUUUUUGCACCCUCAGAUUCCAGAUUUUCAAAUAGUUGUAUCUCGACCAAAUAUUGUCCUAUCAUAACAAACCAUACAUCAAUGAAAGCUUAUUUAUUCUAAUUUCAGAUAAUGUAUAAUUUCGAAAAAUUGACACUUAAGACUGGUUUUGUGGUCCAGGGUCACAUAUAAGGUCAGAUUUAGAUUUGCAACGAAAAAAAUGGCAAAUUUGGUUUAGGAGUAAAUUGGACUUCGAAAAGCCGAUUUAUAAAUAUUUGAAAAUUGUUUAGUACUGGAAAUACAUUAAUUUUUGUCUCAUAUACACAACUUGGACCACAAUAAUUGUUUAAUUUCUUAC